AGCCCCUCUCGGCCGGAGAGGCCCUCGCGCCGUGCCCGAAGGGCCGGCGCGCCCGAUGGAGGGCAGCGCGCCGCAGGGCGCGGCGCGCCAGGCCCGCGCGCAGCCGCUCCUGGCCGAGGCGCCCGCGAUGAAAGCGCGGACCGGCGCGCCGCCUGGCUGGGUCGGGGGCAUAUUCAACAUCGGCUACGGCGGCGGCUCCCACGCCGGUGUCUGGCAUCAGAGCUGGCUGGUGGGGGCCUCCUGCCUGGCCUACGCCGCUCUCGGGGCGCCGUUCUUCCUGGCGCGGGGGUACCCCUGCUGCGCCUGCAGCUCGUUGGUAACCUCGGCGUGCUCCUUCUGGGCGGACUACUGGCACAUCGCGCGGCCCGAUCACUUUGCACACCGGCUGGACCGCGUGGUCGCCUUCCAGUACUUCUUCGUGCUCAGCUUCGCGGGGCUGUCGAUGGGCAUGGACGUGUGGUGCAUGACCGCCCUGGCCGUCUCCUCCGUGGGCUGGUUCGUCGCCUCGCGGCGCUGCGGCUCCCGGGAGCUCUGGGUCCUGCUGCACUCCACCUGGCAUCUAUGUCUGGUGGCGUGUUUUCCACCACUACCACCACCAUAAGUUGGAGGCGGGGUCCUCCUCCUCCCCCAUCCUCCAUUCUCCUCCUCC